CCAUGGUACAGGGCUUGUCCAUUAAAAUUGUCUGUUGUUACACCUUUUCUCUCCUUCCAAAUCCAAAAAGGAAAAUAUAGCAAAGUGACCCCUACCAUUCACCUUAAAUUUUGGGUUUUCGGAUUCCAAAAAUGACAAAACAUCAUCAUCUCUUAUUAUUGAUAACUACUAUACUAAAUUAAUCAUCACACUCAUUGGUACUACUAAACAAUCCAAACGGAUCCCCAUUCCCAUUAUUCAAGAUUCUCCCCCUACAAACAUAAACUGUGUGCUAAUCACAAUCAAAACAUAAAGAAAAGCCACCACCCAUGAAUUGAAUUCAAUUGCGUGAAUCACAGGUCUCUCAUUAACUGAAAAUCGCUCAUCAGUCUCUCUCACUUUCUCCCUCAGCCCUGUGCCUUUUCACCAUUGUUUCUGGGCAUCCAUUUCUUGCUCCUUUUGUCAAGCCUUAAAAUACUAUGGUUUAUUUUCAGGUAUCAACCGCAAAGAUUCUAUCUUUCUGUCUCUUUCUUCUAUGUUUAGACGGCACCUUAUUUUAUCACUGCAAAAAUGGAUGUUAAAUCUUGAAUUCGGCAAUAAAGUUUGAAUCUGUCAAUUGAGGUCAGAGAAAACAUGCCUGUUUACCGAUCCUUCGUCACUUGUGACGACCCAAAAGGGGUCGCCGACUGCAAGACCGCCAUAAAAUCCAAGAAAGCCAAACAAAAACAAGCAAACAAAACAUCAACAUCAACAUCAAAGGAGAGAGUGAAGGAGCCCAGCUUGUGUUUUCAAGUGAUGGAGGUUUCUAGAGGCGCAGAGAGGCUCAGCAAAGCGGUGGAUAAGCCGCACUCCGCCACCGAUUUGCUGAAAGGCGCCCUGCAUUUGCAGCAGUCCCUUGUUAUGUUUGGGAAAUUGCACAAGGAGAAGAGGCCUCUUGAUCUACUAGAUCAUGAUGGUGGUGGUGAUAAGGGGAGAGUUUCUGCAUCGAGAGAUUGCUAUGAUGAGCUGAGGGAUGUGAUAAGGGAGAGCUUCGCCAGGCAGAAUUUACUGCCCAAGGAGAAACUAGCUUGUGAUGUUGAUAGGAAGCAUUCUCAGUUGUGUGUGGAUUUGCCGUCUUCUAGCUCGAGCCAGACGUCGUCUUCGUUGCUCAACUCGGGCUCCUCGGGGUCUUCCAGCAUCCGGCUUGAGAGGAAGUCGAACUUGAUUGCGAAGCUCAUGGGGUUGGAGGAAGCAAUGCCCUUGAAAGCAGGGGAUGGUGCGUUUUUGAAGGAGAGGGCUGUGUGUAGGAGAAGCCCUUUCCUUGAUAUUGAUCUGCCGAGGCCUAAACAGCCUCAGUUCAAGGUAGCUAGAAGAGAGACAAGGACGUUGGAAGAGAUCAUUGAGACAAUGCAGUUUAAGGGGAGAGAGUCUUUACAUGAUUACAAGUUGCAUUCUAAUGCAUUGUUCUUGAGGAAUGAAUCGGCUGCUGAUACCCCGCCUAUCGUGAUCAUGGAGCCUCUUCGUGUCCGUGGUGAUCAGUGUAUCGAUGGAGGGGAGCACAUCAAGCCAAGAAAGACGGGGGCAGAGCUUCCACCUAGACCAGAUUUGAAGGCAAAGAAGCUCAAUGAGAAAUCUGCAGUGGAUCAUUCUUCGAAACAGAAGCUCGAUAAGAGAACUCGAGCGAGGCCAGUAAAGAAAGCAGCAGUAGAUAGUCUCUCUACGAUGAGGAUGAGCCAACCGAAGCCUCUUCCUGCACAAAUACAGAAGAAAGAAGCUCCCAAAAUAAGGAAACCAAAAGAUGCUAAGCCUCAAAGGUCUGAUAAGACUCAAGAUGUAGCCAAACUUGCUGCAGUGAAGACUGUGAGAGGAAACAAUGUCUCUAAAAGUCAGGUUGCUAGAGGAAGGGUUGUAGCCGCGGAUAAGGCCAUGAAACCAACACCUCUUAGUCGAACUGUUCCAAAGAAGAGUCUGCGGAAAGGUGAAUCCAACAGCAAGCCCUCACCAUAUGUAGUUGAAAAUACACAAAGUGAAAGCAAUUUUGCAACCGGUACUGAAACUAUUGUUAGCGAGUUCGUGGUGAAGAAUACAGAACCAAAACAAGCUACUGAGGAAGUGGCUAAAGCUUAUAAUGUGUCUGAUAGUUCAACGAAUGCAGCAAGUUCUCCUAGAGAUGCUUCGAACACAGAUAGUUCAACGAAUGCAGCAAGUUCUCCUAGAGAUGCUUCGAACGUAAUUACCAAGGAUGAUGCCCCUCAUAUUGAAGAUGACACUUUGUUUCCAAGUUUUGAUUCAGAUCAGAUCAAAGGCUGCAAAAUCCUAAUGAAGUCGAGAUACUUACUCCUAAGAAGUGCUUCAUUUCUCAAUCAUGUAGAGGAGCUCUUCGACACAGGCACUCAUGACUCUACAGUCUUUCGAAGUUCAGUUGAUAGUGAAGGGCUUUACGAUUCUCUUCUCCUCGACUGUGCAAAAGAAAUACUAGAGCGUAAGAGCCUAAGCUGCAGGAGCACGAGAAAUCUUUGGUCACAAAACCUCUUAAGAAGGCCGAAAUACCAUUCAUCUAUAGAGCAGUUGGUAGAGGAGAUAGCUGAUAUCAUUGAAGAUUUGCAAAACUACAAUGAAGAUUGUGGCGAUAUAGUUGUUGCAGACAGCAUAUACCCGAUGCUGGAGAAAGACCUAAGGCGGAAUGAAGAGAUAACGGGUGCUUGGGAUUCUGGCUGGAGGAAGGGAUAUGCAAUGGAAGCAGUUGAUGAAGUGAUGCAUGAAGUGGAAGAGCAAGUUUUGAGUGAAAUAGUAGCUGAUUUGAUUACAGAAAUUAUGCAAUAAAUUAUUGAGCUUUUGGUGUAAAAAUUUCAUUAGAUUAUAAUCAGUACAUGUCCUGACAAAA